GGGGUCUCCUUCGGGCGGGCGUCGGAAGAGCGGAGCGACGCGGGUUGGGUCCCCCUCGAGCCCCGCUCCGUCUCCAGCGCGGGGUUUUUUUGCUCUCCUUCUGCCGCGGGGCUGGGAGGGGCCGCCAGCCGUGGGCACCAUGAACCUGGAGCGCGUCUCCAACGAAGAGAAGCUAAACCUCUGCCGCAAAUACUACCUGGGUGGCUUCGCUCUGCUCCCUUUCCUGUGGCUGGUGAACGUUAUCUGGUUUUUCCGAGAGGCCUUUUUUGCAACAGCCUACACUGAGCAGCUUCAGAUCAAGCGCUAUGUCCAGCGGUCAGCCUUAGGCCUCCUUUUCUGGGUGAUUGUGCUCACAACAUGGAUCUCCAUCUUCCAGGCACGCCGGGCCGAGUGGGGUGAACUUGGCGACUACCUUUCCUUCACCAUUCCAUUGGGCAUCCCCUGAUACACCUUCAUCCUCAACAUGGAGCUUUGCAUUUUACUGUUGGACUCCUUGAAUAGCCACCUGGCUAAUUUUUUUCCCUAAUAUCUCCUUUUCAUAGAAUCCAGGUUGGGAUUAUACUGUGGUAAACUAUGGUGGGGCCACCUCUUCUCUAUGGUCCCCUGGAUCAUCAACUCCGGCUCUCCUUGACUACAAGAGAUGAUCAAUAAAGAUAUGGUGAUCUCUUCC